AUGGAAAAGAGCCAAAACAAACCCGAGGGCAACAUUGUGCUAGGAGUGCUGUGUGCCAGCGUGGGGUCCUGUGGCUCCCCUCCCAGCACGGCCUGUGCGAGCUCCCACCGGCCACAGACUCGAAAAUCUGUGAAAUGGUUAAUAAAGAUUGAUAGUGAGCACCUUCUCCAGCCUCAGGAGGCUGGGAGCCAUCUGCCGGACGCCUACGACCCCGCACCGACUUCGCUUCCCGACUUCCGCGCCCCACAAGCGACCCUGAUCCCGCAAGCGGCUGAGCUUUCCCCCCGAGCGCUCCCGAGGGUCGGGAGCGACCUCUCUGCCGAUCCCGCCCGGGCUGUGGGAGCGGCCGCGGGGGUCCCGGGGCCGCUGUUCCGCCCGCCCCUCGCAGCCAUUGGCCGCGGCCNCCUGGCGCUGCUGGCCCUGGCGCUGCCCGCAGAGCUGCUGGAGCUGCUGCCGCACGGCGAGGACCGCGGCGAUGCCGCGCUGGAGCCCGGGGACGAUGUGCGCUCGGAGGCGCUGGAGCUGAGCACGGCGCUGCGCUUCUACGGCGCGGCCGUCCGCUCCCUCUAUGUUACCACUAAUGGGAUUAUUGCAGUGAAUGAGCCCUCAAGUGAAGAAAAAUACCUUGGUCAAUUCCCAGUAAGUUUUGGGGCUAUUGCUCCUUUUAUGGCUGACCUGGACACAACAGAUGGACAUGGAAAUGUGUAUUACAGAGAAGAUUCAUCCUCAGAUGUCUUGCAACUUGCAUCAGACUAUAUCAAAAGAGGUUUUCCUGAGACUGCUUUUGUUCCCAGCAGUGUUGUUAUUGUUACCUGGAAGCUUGUGGCUCCUUUCCAGGCACCAGGAGAAGAUCACGCUUUGGAAGAAAAGAGAAACACAUUCCAGGCUGUCUUAGCCUCUUCUGAUUCCAGUUCCUAUGCUAUUUUCCUUUAUCCAGAAGAUAGCUUGCAGUUCUAUAGCACAUACUCCAAGAAUGGUGAUGAAAAUAUUCCUGCUAUGGUUGGCUUUAGUCAAGCCUCUACAAACUACUACUUUUGGGAAAAGCCAGGAUCCUACAAUGUCAUUGCUAAUGAUGAAGACAGCAUUAGAAACCUGUACAAAAGCAGCAAUGCUGGGAAGCAGGGCGUCUGGGUGUUCGAUGUUGGUAGCUCAUCUGACAGUAUUGUGCCUGCCAAAAUCAGCAAUAUUUUGGAGAGCAUGGAGCCCAACGAAGAAGACGAGGAGAUGACUUCUAAGCCCUUUACAUCUGACUAUGGUUCCACUGAAAUAACACAGCAGUACAUCACAAGUAGUACAGACAGCACUGAAGAGGAUCAGCACCUUGUCACAUACAGUGUUCCUCGGUUAGCUGCGGGAGACUUUCCGACUUCAUACCAAGACGUAACAGGAACACCUUCAACUGAGUCUUUUUACAGUCCUCAAAAUUUCCCAACAGCAAAAGCUCCACCUCGGCAGUUUCGCAUCCAGCAGUUCCCCCCACAGCCACCUCAAGUCAUUGAUGUGGAAGAAUUUGAUGAAACUGGAAUAGUGUUUCGCUACCACACAGAUGUCCAACAGACCUGUGCUAACAACCGCCACCAGUGCUCUGUUCAUGCUAUUUGCAAGGAUUAUCCCAGCGGGUUUUGUUGCAGCUGUAUUGCUGGUUACAAAGGAAAUGGCAGACAGUGUGUAGCAGAAGGUUCUCCUCAGAGAGUCAACGGCAAGGUCAGAGGAAGAAUCUUUGUAGGAAACAACCCUGUUCCAGUUACAUUUGAGAACACUGAUCUCCACUCCUAUGUUGUGAUGAACCAAGGGCGUGCCUACACUGCUAUCAGCACAAUCCCAGAGACUUUGGGGUAUUCUUUACUACCUCUUGCCUCUAUUGGAGGUAUCAUAGGAUGGAUGUUUGCUGUGGAACAGCAAGGAUAUAAAAAUGGAUUCAGCAUUACUGGUGGUGAGUUUACACGGCAAACAGAAGUAACUUUUCUUCGUAACAAUGAGAAGCUGGUUGUGAAGCAGAAGUUCAGUGGCAUUGAUGAGCAUGGUCACCUUACCAUCAGCACAGAAAUGGAAGGCAGAAUACCCGAGAUCCCGCCUGGGGCAUCAGUCCAUAUAGAGCCGUACACUGAACUCUACCACACUUCUAGCUCCGUGAUCACUUCAUCAUCCUCGAGGGAGUACACAGUGACAGAGCCAGAAAGAGAUGGAGUUGCUUCCACGUACACGGGUGCCUAUCAGUGGCGCCAGACCAUCUCCUUUGACGAAUGCAUCCAUGAUGACUCCCCCCAUUCUGCUCCUGCCACUCAGCAGCUCUCGGUGGACAGUGUGUUUGUCCUGUACAACAGAGACGAGCAGAUCCUGCGAUAUGCCAUGAGUAAUUCCAUUGGCCCCAUCAGUGAUGGUUCUGCUGAUAUUAACCGGAAUCCUUGCUACACUGGCACUCAUAACUGUGACACCAACGCCAUGUGCCGUCCAGGAACUGGGAAUCGUUUCUUCUGUGAAUGUUCAAUUGGCUUCCGUGGAGAUGGACAUGUUUGUUACGAUAUUGAUGAGUGUUCAGAGCAGCCAGGGCUGUGUGGCAGUAAUGCAGACUGCAACAACCAGCCGGGAACCUACCGCUGCGAGUGUUUUGAGGGAUACCAGUUUGCAGCAGAUGGUCGGACUUGUGUUGCUGUGGAGUAUGUGGUAAACCACUGCCAGAGGGGCACACACAACUGUGACAUCCCUCAGCGUGCUCAGUGUGUGUACACCGGAGGGUCCGCCUACGUCUGCACGUGCCUCCCUGGCUUCUCCGGAGAUGGGCGUGCCUGUGAGGAUGUAGAUGAAUGUCAACAGGGUCACUGUCACCCAGAUGCUUUCUGCUACAACACUCCUGGAUCCUUCAGCUGCCGCUGCAAGGCAGGUUAUCGUGGGGAUGGUUUCCGAUGUGUGUUAGGAGAAGUAGAAAAGACCAAAUGCCAGCAUGAACGCGAAGUAGCCCUUGGCAGUGGAGGUGCUUUCUUCCCAAGGGAUGUAAGAGUUGCUCACUUCAUUCCCCAGUGUGAUGAGCAUGGGAAUUACUUGCCCACUCAGUGCCAUGCUGGCAGUGGAUAUUGUUGGUGUGUGGACAGGGAUGGAAAUGAGAUUGAUGGCACCAGAAGCGGUCCAGGAGUUCGACCACCAUGUCUGAGCACAGCCGCUCCUCCUGUUGUUAUCGGGCCCUCUGUUCGACCAGACACGGUACCUCUGCCGCCGGGAACACACUUGCUUUUUGCCCAAAGCGGUAAAAUUGAACAUGUUCCACUAGAGGGAAACAGUAUGAAGAAAAAUGGUGCAAAAGCACUCUUGCAUAUUCCAGACAGAGUUGUUAUUGGAGUUGCUUAUGACUGCGUGGACAAGAUGGUUUAUUGGACAGACAUCAGCGGCCCUUCGAUCAGCAGGGCCAGCCUGCAUGGUGGGGAGCCAACAGCCAUAAUCAGAACAGACUUGGGAAGCCCUGAAGGGAUAGCUGUAGAUCAUCUAGGUCGCAACAUCUUCUGGACUGACUCUCAGCUGGAUAGAAUAGAAGUGGCCAGGCUGGACGGGCGCCAGCGUCGCAUCCUUUUUGACACUGGCUUGGUGAACCCCAGAGCAAUUGUUGUGGAUCCUGUGAGAGGAAACUUGUACUGGACUGACUGGAACAGAGAAGCUCCUAAAAUUGAAACUUCAUACAUGGAUGGCACAAACAGAAGAAUUCUUGUUAAAGAUGAUCUUGGGUUACCAAAUGGACUGACAUUUGAUCCUUAUUCCUCAAUGCUGUGCUGGGUAGAUGCAGGUACCAAGAGGCUGGAAUGCAUGAACCCUAAUCAGCAUGGUCGACGAAAGAUUGUUGAAGGGAUUCAGUAUCCUUUUGGUGUCACAAGCUAUGGGAAGAAUUUGUACUAUACAGACUGGAGAAGGGAUGCUGUUGUCGCAGUGGAUCGCACAAUUUCAUUAGAAAAUGAUAACUUCCAGCCUCACAAGCGCUCACGACUCUACGGAAUCACCACAGCCUUUGCUCAGUGCCCAGGAGGACAUAACUACUGUACAGUGAAUAACGGUGGUUGCACUCACCUCUGCUUGGCUACCCCAGGAGGCCGUACUUGCCGCUGCCCUGACAACACAGUUGGAGUAGAUUGUAUAGAAAGAAACUGAGCAUUAAAAUAAGCUUUAGAGCUGCAGACACCUUUUGGAAAUGUGCUGUAAACAAUUCACUCCUAUCAACACUAUCAGGCCCUAAAGAUAAGUGCUCCAUGCUGCCGACAGCAAGCCACAAUGCACGUAUGCAGACACACACACACCCCCCACACACACAGACAGAGGCAGAGGCUGUUUGUGCAACAGAUAAAUAAGACAGGGCUGCCCAGGUUGGGUCCAACUUCACCUUAUUCCUUGUAAAAUUAUCUCUUUUCUUUUAAAGGUAAAUGUGGAGGCCUUAGUUGCAUCUGUCCCAGACAAGAAGGAUGUGUCUCUUGGCAAAAUUGAAGUAACAUAACACAGGACAGAGUAAAGAGAGUGGAAAUACUCAGAUCCUGAGACUGAAUUUUACCUUGGAGUGUGCAGCAGUUUUCUGCAGAAGUGGUAUGCUUAGCCCAUCAUGUAUGUGUUUGGGCUUUAUCUCUAGCUGAGAAAAAGUCAGGGGGUUCCAGAGAAAAAGUCAGGGGGUUCCAAGGAUGAAAAGAUAAGGGGGAAUACCCAGUUAAUAGCACAUAUUUACUGCCCAACCACAUUCCUUCUCGCUACCAGUCCUUUCACUUCAAAAACUUGCAUCUCAGCUUUUGACUUCUGUACUAUGGAAGUACUUUAUCCAUGUGUUGUAAGGAUUAUAAUUCUCACUCCGGCUCAUGUGAUCCUUUCCUACAGCACAUGAUUUGUUAAAGAUAAUCAGCACUGUUUAUAUAUUUGAAGUUUUUGUUAGGUUUUAAGAGAUUUAUCUUUCUUCUGUUUGAGGUGGAUUCCUGAGUAGUUCCCUAAAAUCCACUAAACAAAAUUCAGAUAUUUUGAACAAUUGCUGGUAGGUCCUCAAAGAAUGGAUGUUGAUUCAUUGGGAGACAAGUGGUUUUAAAGAGAUAGUCACAUUUGUUUUCUGAGAGGUUUUAAAAUAGUAUUUCUACAUUUGAUUCUAUAAACCUCAAAGUGGACUCAGAAUUUUAUCUUAGCAAUCGUUCUUCUUUUAGCAAACCAUGCCAUGCCUUUUUGUAGACCAUAAGAAACCAUGGCAGUUAAAAUCUGAUCUUCAGAAAGCUCACCUCUGGUUUGGUGCUUAAGAGCAAAAAAUAUAGUCGUGCCCCAUUUAUGUGCCAGUGAGAGCAAAAACGGUGUCAUGAAAAUCAAAGUGAAGUUGAUGUUUUCAUCAUCUCCUGUAAGUUUGGAGAGGAAAAAUCUAAAUGCAUACUUAUAUGUCAGAUUAGCAGUACAAAUCUAGGAGUGGUUUGGUUUCCCCACUGUGUGUUGGGAAAGAAGCUUGCCUACAAACCAAUGUGUGGCAGAGCAAAAGAGGGUUUGUGAGGCUCCUGGCAGAGCACAUUUCACUGUGUCAUGAUCAGAGCAGUAAGCUAACAUCCCCAUUUCCUCAUUCCCCUUCAGACACAGCAGUCGUAGUUUUAAAUAGAGCCAAUUUUGAGUCUUAACUCUGUGACAUCUUCUUCUUUCAUUUUAUAUUUAUCAUAAAAAAAACCAAAACAUAUAAACAUUUUAAAGAUCUUUUUGUAUAACUUUUUAUAACUUUUAAUUCAUUCUAUUCAUACACUUAAUCAGGUAUGUCUUACUGUAAAUAUCAAAAAUUUGUUGAAAUGAAGGUGCUUGAUAAUUCUUUCUCCAGAAGUAUUCACAUAUCUGGUGAAAUAUUAAAGUUUACACUCUGUACAGGUAUCUAUAGUACAGUCAAUAAAAAUGGUUGGUUUUUA